GCGGAAAACGCGCCAAAUUUGCCGCAUCGGAGUCGCAAUUUAGUAAUCGUUGGUGUUUUGUCGUGAUUUAGAAACAUGUCGUCCCAGGGCGAAAGACCCCCACGCAGUGCGAAAACUACCAUCCAUUCCCUACCCGAGGAGGUCAUGUGCAUGAUUUUUGAUUGGUUGGAUAUUUACGGUGUGAAAUUCGCUUCUCUUACUUGCCAUCGAUGGAACAAUAUCAUAUUUAUGAGUAAUUAUGUGUCACGAUUUAAGCUGAAACUUGAUAGGAACAAGGAUGGUGUGACCAAGUCGAAACGGUGCUACAGAAAUGUGGUAUGGUUCAUAAACGACCAAGAUUCGCUAUAGUUAUGGGGCACUCUUCAUCCCAAAAUCACGAACAGUCUUUACUCGCUGGAGAUUUCAUGUGACGAUAAGCAGCGUAUGGCUUCGACGAUUGCAUUGAUAUCGGACGCAAUUCCGUCAAUGACGCAGCUUCGUUCGCUUUCCUUAAGAGAUUACAACACAGAUUCCCUUGAUCAAGACAUCAUACCAACUCUUCGCAGCAAGUCUAUUAGUCAUCUAAUUUUAUCCAAUUUUAAGAUUCGAGUGGAUAUGCCCGAGUUGCAAUCGUUGGUGGGAAAUUUUUCCACAUUAACUACGCUAGAUGAAUGCACCCAGCCAACUACGCUCGCUAAGCUGAAGGAACUUAUUGUAUUGCCUUAUGACAUGUAUAUGCCAGAGAACAUAUCGGUAGCAGCUAUCAAAUCAAUCUUCCGGCGAUUGACAAACAUAGAGAAAUUGAAAUGGCGUAAUACCGUUAAUUAUGAAAUCUUCAAUGCAAUAUGCGAUAUCUGUACACCGCUAAAGGAACUUGUCAUCGAUUAUGAUUUGCUCUAUUUCAACGCAUCAAAUUUAAACAAACUAACACAUCUUCGAAGACUUCGACCUUCGUGUUCUUCGAAUGCUUUGGCAGAAUCAUACAGUAAUAAAUUCAUUAUUGAUUUGUCAAAAUUAACGCUAAUGGAGCAUAUAGAAUUGCCAUGGGAUGAAGGGCAUACUUUUAAACUCCCCACAUCGCUUAAAAGCCUUGAGGUGUGUAUUGGCAAUAAUAACAGAGAAAAUAGUAUUCAAACAAUCAUUAACUGUGGUGCGCACUUGAAAGAGCUAAAGGUAGUGAUUCAAGAUUACAAUCCCGACGAUUCGGAUUACGAAGAACCUAUUGAAUUGUUGAAAGCGUUGUCAUCUCUAAAACAUCUUGAAAUUCUCGAUUUCAAUGGCGGCCUUUUUCAGGAAUCUAGUUUCCUACGUAUGAACGCGCCUCUGGUUCGUCUGCACAAACUGCGAUUCGAUAUGGCCAAAUUACAGUCGUCUAAACCUGUUCGUAAAAUCGGAGGAAUGUCAAAUGCGAUGCUUACCUUCCGCGGGCUGAAGGAAAAGUUCCCCAACUUAAAAAAACCGGAAUUUUCAUGCUGUAGAUUGAUCACAGGAAGGCGUAGAAGUGGCUCAGAAUGAAAGCACCACAGGAGAAAUUAGAGUUGCUACUAAUAGUUCAGGACAAGCUUAUUUCGCUUUGAAAUGCAUAAGAAUAGAACUUGUUGGAAUAUUCUCUCACAGAACGAAGUUUAACAUAGGUUUAUGAAAGCAAUACUUAAAUGAAAUGAAAUUCGCCGUGGUAUACAAUAAAACGGAGUCGUAUUGGAAUGUUCGGAGAAUUCCUGUUUUCCGUUUUGAGUAUCAUAAAUAUCUUAGCAGCUCAUACUAUCAGAUCACGAUCUGCGACUUAGAAUACGGUUACGAAGCGAUCGUAGGAAAGGAUCGUAGUGCCAUGAUUUAAACAAA